AUGGCACCUCGCAAAGGGAAGAACAAGGAGGAACAGUGGAUCAGCCUCAGGCCUCAGGUGGCCGAAGGCGAGGAUGUCUUCGGGGUCUGCCAUAUGUAUGCGUCCUUCAAUGACACCUAUGUCCACGUCACUGACCUUUCUGGCAAGGAAGCCAUGUGCCAUGUGACUGGUGGGAUGAAGGUAAAGGCUGACCAGGAUGAAUCCUUGCCGUACACUGCCACGGUGGCUGCCCAGGAUGUGGCCCAGAGAUGUCAAGAAUUGGGCAUCACUACCCUCCACGUCAAACUGCGGGCCACGGGAAGAAAGAGGACCAAAACCCCUCCGCUUGGAGCCUAG